AUGGCAGUGCGUUCCUCUCUGAUCGUCGGCAUCCUCCUCGCCCUCAUGACCGCGAAGUCGUGCUCCGGCAGGAUUCUCACCGUCCGCAACAACUGCUCGACGGAGGUGACGUGGGCCAUCGAGGGCACGUGGGGGCUGCUAGACGCGUCUCCUUCGAGAAUUUUAGCCCCCGGCGCCGAAUCGUCGCAGAUCGUCGUCCCCCAUGGAUGGGGCGGCCGGAUCCGGAACAACUCCACCCAGGAUCGAGUCAACACUCUCGCGGAAUUCUUCAUCGACGACUCGAACGACGACUUUUACGACAUCAGCAUCGUGGACGGCUUCGACUCCGGCAUGCGCAUCGUGCCGUCCUCCGACGACUGCCCGACGAUCCAGUGCGCGUUCGACGUGGCGGCGUGCCCGGCCGAUCUGGUAGAGUACGACGGCGCCCCGUGCCUCAGCGCCUGCAGCAAGUACGCCGCGCCAGAGUUCUGCUGCACCGGGGACCACCGCACGCCCGAGACGUGCCCUGCGAACGAGCUCUCCCUCUACUUCAAGACGCUCUGCCCCGACGCCUACACCUACGCUUUCGACGACCCUACCUCCAUCCAGAAAAUACAGAGUGUUACGAGAGACGGGAUUGCCGUCACCGUCGAGCAAGACCGCAAAGGCGCUCUCCGUCUCAUGGAGAUAGUGGUGCACCGGCGGCCGGAGCAGCUCAACGCGGCACCGAUUUCUGCAUUGCACACGGCGGAGGCAAACGGUGUGCUGAGCGUGGGUGCACCAAGUCGGCGCGAAGCGGCACUGACCAUUGCGUCGCACACGGCGGAGGCAAACGGUGUGGGCAGACUGGCUGCCCCAAGUCAGCUCAAAGCGGCACCGAAUUCCGCAUUGCACACGGCGGAGGCAAACGGUGUGCUGAGCGUGGGUGCAUCAAGUCGGCGCAAGGCGGCACUGACCAUUGCGUCGCACACGGCGGAGGCAGACGAUGUGCGGAGGCUGGCUGCACCAAGGACUGCCCUCAAGCAGUGGGAGACGUACACGACCAAAUGGCUCGAUAAGAUGGGCUGGACCUGGUCGUACUCAGACCAGGAGCUCCCUUGCGCACGCCAGAUGUCCACUCGCGAGAGCUCAUGCGUGCGACGUCCAGACUACGUCUUCGUAUUCAACUCUCACGUAGUCAUCCUCGAGGUGGACGAAUCGUAUCACAGACACUACGCCGUCGAGUGUGAGGUCGACCCGGAAGACCUAGUCAGCCUGAUCGCCGCCGUGACCUAUCCCGGCACUCUUCCCGUUCGCGUCAGUCCCCUCGACGACCAGGUCUGGCAGGAGAACCACGCUCGCAGAUAUCUCUCUAGGCGGGACAGCGAGGACUCUGAGAUAGUCGGCGCCGCAAGGUUUUUCGACUUCGAGAGGAGGUGCGAGGAGCUGUACGACGAGAAAGGGGUCGGCUCGCCCGGAGAAUCGUUCCACCGAGAGUCGGCCGCCGGUUUCGCCAGGAGGCCCCGUCGGGACAUGAUGCGCCUGGCGGAGCUGGGGUCGAUAUCCAGGAGGUGCCGGAUGCUGAUUCCGCGCAUGCGCCGUAGGAAAGAUCUGUCGAAGAGUCUCGUGAAGCGGUUCGACGGUACGUGCAGGAGCGUGGAGUCGGCAUUGUCCGCAGAGCAUCAGGACCUGGAGCGUUGCAUCGUCCGAUUGUGCCACGAUCUGGAGGUCAGGUUCACUCUGAUCAUGACCCGGCGGCCGAUAAGGGUCGUCGACUCUGAGUGUUGCAUCCGGGGGGAGACGACCGGCGACGGGACCAUCGUCGGGUCCACGACCGUCUCGUUCCUCUUCUCCGGUGAGCGGUGCAGCUUUUGUUGGGAGGCGUCGCGGGACAUGUCGCUGCGCUCUACCAAAGCUGCCCCCGUGACGUACGCGUCUUUCAGGAACGAACAUGCCCACGUCUUCGACGCAUGGGUCGGUGCGCCCUGCUCUCUGAUCGACGAGGAAGUCAGGGUGGUGACGGAGCGAGAGGGGCGGUUGGAGGUCGAUGAAGGAGCGUGGGUGCCUUUCGAGGCGGCGGUCUCGACGAGGUUCGGGCCCCGGUCCGGCGUCCGGGUGGAUGAAGGGACCGUUUCUUGGGAAGCGGAUUUCCACGACAUGCAGGCGGAGAUGGAGGUCUUCGUGGGGGGCAGCGAGAGGGCGGCGAUCAAGCUCACCACCGACGACCUCCCCGAUCUCGCCACGCUCGAGAGCCGCGGCGACAGAUCUGGGUCGACGGCGUACAGGGUGUUCGCCUGGGACGACGUCCUGCGCUUCAUGCUCAAGACGAAGACCGAGAGCCCGGAAGACCCGUGGGAGCACGGCACCGUCGAGUUCUCGCUGGCGUUUCAGGGACCGGGCCGCCGCAGCGAGACCCGGAAUACCCUAGUGAGCGAGGAGGCUUGGUUCCAGAGGGAAGGGACCGUGAUCCCGACGGCCGAGUUCUUGAAACGCCUGACGGCGCAGAGCAGGUGA